AUGACCGAGCCUCGCAAAAUUCACGAUCUCGCCUACAUUGACAUACAACACGAUACCACAGCCGUCUUUGAUGAUAUCGAGCAGGGUUCAGUGGUGAAGGAGGACUUCUGGGUAUCCGGAUAUCAGACUGGUUCGACUUCGGUGCAUGGAAGAGUCAAAGUCGAAUACGAAGACGGGGGCCGGAUCAGCGUCACCCCAAGAGAUGGUGUACAAGUGGACAGGAUAACACAAUCUGAUUUCAUUGUGGAUAUUCCGUCUCUCUCCAUCUCCCGCCGAGCAGUCCAAUUUCCCAAACAGGCCAUUCAUCCUCCCUACAAGAAGAAGUCGGAUCUAGAUCCCCCUCUGCAAAUCAAUGACUUGUCUAUCAAUCCUAAAACACCACAUAUAGUUGUGGGAGGCCCAGACGGAUACUGCGCUAUCCUUCCGACGAGUAUCAGCGCCAACGUGAACAAGGAGGCUGUCAAGCUCGAGGGUCAUGUUGGAGAUGUCCGUUCUGUCCAAUGGUUCCCUAGUGGCGAAGUCAUUCUCACAGCAUCCUCAGACCUCUCCCUCCGCAUCUUUGGUCUCACCGGCGUCAACCCCCGCACAUUCCGAGGCCACACUCGCGCCAUCACUUCUUCUCUCAUCAUUGGUGUCGGAAAGAAUGUGCUCUCUGGUAGUAAGGAUGGGACGGUCAGACUUUGGGACGUUGCUCAAGGCAAGGAGGUGAGGCAGUGGGCGGUCGGGGGGAACAAGUUGUAUCCGGCGGAAGGAUUGACGUUGCUGGAAGAUCACAAAAGCCUGAAGGCUGUGGGGUUGGAAGGGCAAGAACGGGUGUUGCUGGUUCAGACGCAGGAAGGGGUUUGGGUGCAACCUGAAGAAGGCGAGGGAUGGCUGGUCGAGCUCGAAGGGCAGCUGAGUGCGUUGGCACUCGACAAGGAGAGCGGGGCAUUAGCAUUAGGUUACAAGAGCGGGGUGAUUGAGGUCGUGGAAAUUGCGAGAUUGGCGAAGGAGGCGUAUACCGGCAAGAGAAGUACGAUUCGCCGAAACGAAAGCCCCAUCUACUCCCUCGCCCUCGUCGCUGAUUCCCAGACUUCCGAGUCGAAUCUCUUUGUGGGCACCGCUGCUGGCCUCCCCUGUCGUCUGAGGAUCAAGCCAGUCGCGGAUGGUUUCGAGGUGACUGUCACGAAUGAAUUGGCCGGGUGGGAUGCUGUGGGGGUCGAGUGUAUCCAGGUAGGUAGUGAUGGGAGUGUUUGGUGCGGCGGCGGGGAGGGCGGGGUGAGGAGAUAUGUGGUCGCUUGA